AUGUGGAGGCUAAAGGUGUCAGAAGAAGGAAAAGAAGAAGCAUGCUGCUGCAAGGUGAAAAGCUUCAAUAAUCACAUUGGAAGGCAAUAUUGGGAGUUUGACCCAAAUUAUGGGACUCCCCAACACAAGGCUCUAGUUGAAAAAGCUCGCCUUCACUUUCACCAAAAUCGUUUUCACGCAAAACAUAGUUCCGAUCUCUUGAUGAGGCUUCAGUUUGCAAGGGAUAAUGAUCAUGGUGAUGAAGAGAUUAAUGGUGGUUAUUGCGAGGCGAAGAAGAUUGAUGAUAAGAUGAACGUGAUCAAAAGCGAAGAAGAAACCAUAAGUACUAGUCAGGAAGAAGUGGAAACCACAUUGAGAAGAGCUUUGAGAUUUUACUCAACUUUACAGACUCAUCAUGGCUUUUGGCCUGCCGACUAUGGCGGUCCUUUGUUUCUCCUCCCUGGCCUGGUUAUUGGGCUAUAUGUGACGGCAGCCCUAAACGGCAUCUUAACAAAAGAGCAUCGGCACGAGGCCUGUCGCUACCUUUACAACCAUCAGAAUGAAGAUGGUGGAUGGGGAUUACACAUAGAAGGGGAAAGCACGAUGUUCUGCAGUGGGCUGUGCUACGUGGCACUCAGAUUGCUUGGAGAACCAAUGGACGGUGGUGACGGCGCCAUGCACAAAGCCAGAUCUUGGAUCCUUCACCAUGGUGGGGUCAGCUUCAUUCCUUCGUGGGGAAAGAUCUGGCUUUCGGUACUUGGUGUAUAUGAAUGGAGUGGGAACAAUCCUUUACCUCCAGAAAUAUGGCUUCUUCCAUACUUUAUCCCUGUGCACCCUGGACGAAUGUGGUGUCACAGUAGAAUGGUGUAUCUGCCGAUGUCAUAUUUAUAUGGGAAGAGAUUUGUGGGUCCUAUUAAUUCGACAAUUUUGUCCCUUAGGAAGGAGCUUUAUACCCUUCCUUAUCAUCACAUUAAUUGGGACCAAACUCGAAAUCUAUGUCACAAGAAGGACUUGUACUAUCCACGUCCAAUGAUACAAGACAUAGUAUGGGGUUGUCUUCACAACAUGGGGGAACCUAUUUUGAAGAGAUGGCCUUUCUCUAAGCUAAGGCAAAGGGCUCUAAAUACUGUAAUGCAGCAAAUCCACUAUGAGGACCACAACACUAACUAUCUUUGUCUUGCACCUCUCAACAAGGUACUGAACAUGAUAUGUUGUUGGGUGGAGAAUCCAAAUUCAUAUGCAUAUAAGUGUCACCUCUCCAGAAUCAAAGAUUACCUAUGGCUUGCUGAAGAUGGACUGAAAAUGCAGGGAUACAACGGGUCUCAAUUGUGGGAUGUUGCUUUCGCUGUAAAAGCAAUGGUUGCAACAAACCUUGUCGAUGAAUGCAGUUCAAUGCUUAAGAAAGCUCAUUAUUUCAUCAAAAACACCCAAAUUAGGAGAAACAGUUGGGGAAACAUAAGCGAGUGGUACCGCCAUAUAUCGAAGGGAGGAUGGACCUUCUCUACUCCAGACAAUGGCUGGCCUGCCUCCGAUUGUACUGCCGAAGCUUUAGAGGCAGCACUUUUACUAUCGCGAUUGUCUUCCGAGAUUGUUGGAGAAGCCAUUCCAUUUGAUCAACUAAAGGAUGCUGUCCAUCUAAUUUUGUCUCUUCAGGUACUUAAUGGAGGAUUUGCAACCUAUGAGCUCACAAGAUCUUAUGCUUGGUUGGAGAUGAUCAAUCCAGCUGAAAACUUCGGAGACAUCAUGAUCGAUUACCAGUAUGUGGAAUGUACAUCAUCAGCAAUCCAAGGCCUCAAAUUAUUCAAGAAGCUCUAUCCAGGGCAUCGCACCAAAGAAAUAGAAGCAUGUCUCACUAAAGCACUUCGAUUCAUUCACUCAAUACAACUGGCAGAUGGAUCAUGGUACGGGUCUUGGGGAGUCUGCUACACCUACGGGACGUGGUUCGGAAUAAAAGGGCUGGUCGCCGGCGGCGAGACCUACGAAACGAGUGAUAGCAUUAGAAAAGCAUGUGAUUUCUUGCUAUCCAAACAGCUUGAUUCUGGUGGUUGGGGAGAGAGCCAUCUUUCAUGCCAAAACAAGGUAUACACUAAUCUGGAGGGUAACAAACCACAUUUAGUUAACACUGGAUGGGCCAUGUUAGCACUUAUUGAAGCUGGCCAGGCCCAAAGAGAUCCAACACCAUUGCAUCGAGCAGCAAAAUUGCUGAUCAACUCACAAAUGGAAAAUGGUGAUUUUCCACAGCAGGAAAUCAUGGGAGUCUUCAACAGGAACUGCAUGAUCAGUUAUUCACAAUACAGAAAUAUUUUCCCCACUUGGGCGCUUGGAGAAUAUCUCACCCGAGUUUUGAAGCUUCCUCAAUUGAACAACACCAAUGUGUAG